AUGAUGAAUUCCUCAACAAUAUGUUCUGUGUUCCUUGGUUUGAUCCUGAUUUCUCAAUGCCCUUUCGCUGCAUAUGCCAGAUCUUCAGGAUUACAGGGAAGCCUAAUUAGCACCGUUUGCUCCACUUCAUCCAAUAUGGAAGAAUGCAACAACAUCCUCAGAUCAAAUCCUCAUGCCACACAAGUGAAAAGCUAUCGUGACCUCGCAAAGAUUAUUCUCCAAAUGGCAUACGACAAAGCCUCUGCAGGACAGACUUUUCUCAAGGGAUUAGCAGCAAAGAACAAUUGUCCAGCACUCACACAAUGUGCAAAUUUUGAUUAUGAUGGUGUUGUUAUGUCUUUUAAAAGUGCUCUUGGUGAGUUGAAGGAAGAUGCUCAAACUGCUAAUUAUGAUGCUAAGGUUGCUAGCGAUGGAACUGCUCAAUGUGAGAGAGGAAUGGUUGCAGGACAUGUUGUUAAUCCUCAAGUUACUAAACUUAAUCGUCAGAUUACUUUUUAUAGUGAAUUGGCAUUCCUUGUCACUAAUUAUCUUUAA